GGACAGCGUAUUCCUGAAUGAAUCCGGCAUGGCUGGACUAGUGGAUUUUAAGAACGAGGAAGAGGUGAAAGAUUACCUGGAUAAUCUGGGCACGGAAUACUCUUACCAAUGUUUUAAAGAGAAGCAGCCAGACGGCUGCAAUCGGUUAGCCGAAUACUUUGAAAACAUCAAAAAGAACUUUGAGUCUGCAGCUGGGAUAUUGAAGAUCAACUGUGACCAAAAUGAACAUAGCGAGAGUUGCUACAAACUAGGUGCUUAUUAUGUUACUGGGAAAGGUGGGUUACCAGUAGAUCUGAAGGCCGCAUACAGUUGUUUCUUGAAAUCAUGUAACAAAGGUGGGAAAAAAUCCAUCGAUUCUUGCCAUAAUGUUGGAUUAUUAGCUCAUGAUGGACGAGUGAAUGAUGAGAAAGCUGAUGCUGUAACAGCCAGAGAUUAUUAUAACAAAGCCUGCGAUGGCAACUUUGCAGCAAGCUGUUUUAACCUCAGUGCCACAUACUUACAAGGAGCCCCUGGUAUCCCCAAGGAUAUGAACAAGGCUUUGCAUUUUUCUGAGAAAGCCUGCAGUCUGGGGCAUGUAUGGGGAUGUGCAAAUGCUAGCCGUAUGUACAAACUUGGCGACGGAGUGGCAAAAAAUGAUGAAAAGGCAGAGUCCUUAAAGAACAGGGCCAGGGACUUACACAAGAUGCAGCAGGAAAGGACACCACAAAUAUCAUUUGGAGAAUAAUAAUAGCAAUGAUACAGAUUUUAUUUUCAUUCAUUGUUGUUCAUACAUUAAUCCUAAUUUUUUAAAAACAUGCAUUGAAAAAAAUAUUUUAUGAAUAAUCUGCAGUAACUCUGUGCUUUAGCUAUAAUAAUUAGCUGUGUGUUUUUGUGCCCUUUUCUGCAUACACUGUUUUUCUUGUAUAUCAGAAUCCUAACUGUCUUGCAUAGAGUUUAGAGAAUCAUACACUAUCUACAGUAGACACCCACUUGUUUAUGUAUCUGAAAAGUGACCUGUUUAAUCUGCCAAAGUUCCAUUCUACAUGCUGAAAACUGGUUUUAGGACUACGAUUCCCUAGAAGCGAUUAAAAAUCAUAAACUUUCUUGUGAAAUCACUUUCUGUAAGGGGCAGACUUAUUAAAGGGGAACCAAAGUCUAAAAUAGAAUAAUGCUAGCAAUUCUGUGCUUUGUAUACUAAACAUAAACAUGAACUUACUGCACCACAGGCCUAAUAAAACAAAUGAUUUAUGUUUUC